AUGAACUUAAUGUUGCAUAAACAGUAAUAAACUCGCUCAAAAAAUCUGAAAUAUUUAAAGUCAACUAUAUUAGUGACUGUUAUGCUGUUUGGAAUAGGAUAGAGUACAACUAAUAAGACUUUAAACGAUCCACUUGUGGGCUUUUCACCUCUUGACUGUUAUAGCUGUAAAUCAAAAUACCCUGAUUUUUCUUACUGCAACAAUAACAAUACUUUUGGAGCUUGUUGUCCUGAAUUUAGCACAGACGAAGCGUGUAUGAGUAAUACAGCAAACGCCAUUAGCUGCACAGAAGAUGAACAUAAUCAUGAUUUUUACUACGCUUCAUGUUUAGUUUUAACUGCAAAUCAAUGUGGAGACUAACUUAAAAUAUAAGAUCUUUCAACUGAAACCAAAGUAUUUGAAACUGAAGCAUCUGGAAUUAAGAGAGCAAUUGGGUAGUCUUGCAUCUGGGAGAUACGAUCAUCAAUGAAUAAAGGUGACUACUAUAAUGUUGAGAUUCAAAUCAUUUUCGAUAAUGUUACCAAUAUGGAUGUUUAUGUUUUAUCAGGAUAUAAUAGAGAAAAGGCCUAUACAGUUGCAGCUAAAUUUGUUUCAAAUACUACAAUCUAUGCUCCCAUCUAUAAUAAGACUUGGGUGCUAGCAGUUCCUAAGGUGAAUUAGACAAACACUAGAGUUAAAUUUAGAAGUACAAUUCUAAGAGAGGUAUUUUUUGAAACUGAAAAUUUUGAAGUGAGAAGGAUUAUAACUGGCACCAUUACGGCAGGAGGUCUUGGUAUAUUCUUAAUAACUAUGUGCAUAAUCUUCAUUAUCAGAAGAAUUAAAGAGAGAGGUAUUCUUAAUAAAAACUAGAUUACAAUUGCACCUUCAAGGUUCAAGGAAGGGAACAGUAUUCACGAUCAUACUAUUUUAGGCUAAGAGGAUAAUCCAAAUGAUGGAUCAGUUGCUGAAUUCGAGGAGCUUAACUUGAUCGGAACAAAAGAAUCUCCAAAAGCUGAUAAAUAUGAUAAAGGCAACGACAAUAAUAAAGUAAAGAAAGGUUUGAGCAUUUGA